CAGACAUCUAACAAACAGGUUACUUUGUGUUUUAAUAUUUGCUCCACAAAAUGACAGAAUGGAAUCCUAACCAAGCAUCAAACGACAAUUUAACAGCCAACACUAAAAAUAUGUCGCGUUUUUGACGCUGAAAGUGACACGAACGGUGUUUUUAAAGCUGAUUCGUUGUCUUUCAAGUAGUGAUUCCGGUUCAUUGGGAAGGUUUGAACUGCUUUUUGGAAAGUGACCAUUGUUGUAAUCAGGUCGAAGCUGUUAUCAUUCCCACCUACUGACUUUUCUUAGUUUUUUUAAACGUAUUAACACCAUAUAGAAACAACACAAGCUUUUUUUAGUGUCAUGAAAGAAAUGUCAAGCGCCAUGCCUAGUGGGCAGCAGCCGCCUCAGAAACACUAUGGGAUCACCUCUGCCAUUAGUCUUGCUCCUCCACGAGAUGUUGACCACGAGUACACCAGAAAGCUCUGUGAGGCCAUGAAACCAUUCGGCGUGUUUGAGGACGAGGAGGAGCUGAACCACAGACUUGCUGUUCUUGGAAAACUGAACAACUUUGUUAAGGAAUGGAUCGCAGAGAUCAGUGAAUUAAAGAACCUUCCUCCAUCUGCUAUUAGCUGUGUCGGAGGCAAAAUAUUCACAUUCGGUUCUUACAGACUUGGAGUGCACACAAAAGGAGCCGAUAUCGAUGCCUUAUGUGUCGCUCCACGCCACGUAGAAAGAAGUGACUUUUUCCAGUCUUUCUUUGAGAAGUUAAAACAGCACGAAGAGAUUAAAGAUCUCAGGGCUGUUGAGGAUGCGUUUGUACCAGUGAUAAAAUUCAAGUUUGAUGGGAUUGAGAUUGACCUGCUAUUUGCCAGACUGGCCUUACAGUCCAUUCCUGAUAACCUGGACCUGAGGGGAGACUCCAUUCUGAAGAACCUGGACAUUCGCUGUAUCCGCAGUCUGAACGGUUGUCGAGUUACUGAUGAAAUUUUGUACCUGGUGCCAAACAAAGAGAACUUCAGACUGACAUUAAGAGCCAUCAAACUGUGGGCGAAACGUCGAGGGAUCUACUCCAACAUGCUGGGCUUUCUGGGGGGAGUAUCGUGGGCCAUGUUGGUGGCCAGGACCUGCCAGCUCUACCCCAACGCUGUGGCUGCCACGCUUGUUCACAAGUUCUUCUUGGUCUUCUCCAAAUGGGAGUGGCCUAAUCCGGUGCUAUUGAAACAACCUGAAGACAGUAAUCUGAAUUUACCUGUGUGGGAUCCCAGAGUGAAUCCUUCUGACCGAUAUCACCUGAUGCCCAUCAUCACACCUGCCUACCCUCAGCAGAACUCCACCUACAACGUCUCCACAUCAACGCGCACCAUCAUGAGCGAAGAGUUCAAAUACGGUCUCAGCGUCACAGAUGAGAUCCUUCAAGGCAAAGCAGAGUGGUCCAAGCUCUUCGAGCCUCCAAGCUUCUUCCAGAAAUACAAGCAUUACAUUGUUCUGACUGCGAGUGCAUCAACAGAAGAAAACCACCUAGAAUGGGUCGGCCUGGUGGAGUCGAAGAUCCGUGUUCUGGUGGGGAACCUGGAAAGGAACGAGUACAUAACCCUCGCUCACGUCAACCCUCAGUCCUUCCCCGGGUCCAAAGAGAACCGCAACGAGAACGACUUCGUCUGCAUGUGGUUCAUCGGAAUCAUCUUCAAAAAGGUGGAGAACGCGGAGAGCGUGAACAUCGACCUGACGUACGACAUCCAGAGCUUCACAGACACUGUUUACAGGCAAGCCAACAACAUCAACAUGCUGAAGGACGGCAUGAAGAUCGAAGCCACGCAUGUGAAGAAGAAGCAGCUCCACCAGUAUCUGCCUCCUGAGCUGGUCCAGAGGAAGAAGAGGAGCAUAGCAGAGGUGAACCGCGGCUCCAACGGCGGAAACCCAAAGCGCUUAUCUUUGGAGAACAGUCACCUGGACAGCUCCAGAGACACAGACUCAGGAACUCCCUUCAGCUCUCCAACCAACAAGGCCCUCAAGCCUCCAUCAGACCCAGACGACGGCGUCAGCCCUACUAAGCAGCUGGUUGUGGAGAGCCCCCCCGCACCCAGCGCAGCAGCAGCAGCAGCAGCUGGAGACCCGGGCAUGUCCAUCCCGGUCAUCGGCUCCAAGCCUCCCAUCAAGACGAAACCUCCCUCUCCACCCGCCAGCAGCUCCGUCAACACAGUGCCGAGCGCGGACGUGAAGCCCAGCGCCACCAGCAGCCCCAAAGAGGAACCCAACGGCCUCGAGGAGCCCGUCAACGGAGGCGCCACCAAGAGGCCACACUCCCCCACAGAGGAGGACCUGGCCAAAAAGCCCAGAAGCACAGAUGUGGUGUCCAGUGAUGAUGGCACGUUUAAGGAGCCAUACCCUCCAUCGUCUGACCCCCAUGCACACGGAGACGGCCCUGGCACCCCUCCUCACUGUGGAUCAAAGGCCAAGCCCAUUCCAACCAUCGAUACCUCAAGAACACAGAGACUUCCCAGCAUGGAGCUGCCAGACGCCUCGUCUCCUCUUCCCGCCAGCAACAGCUGUCGAGUCGUGAAAAAUUCCAUUAAGCUGGCGCUCAACCGCCACAGCAUCACACCCCCGAAGGCCCCCGUGUUUGACGACACCCUCUCCACCGAUCCUGCUCCUGCCAGCGAGGAGAAGGGAAUGUCCAUCCCUGUCAUCGGAUCCAAACAUGUUGCUCCCAAAAGCACGGCGCCCCCUGUCGGCAGCUCCAUCCCCACUCUGGUGAGUCGAGUCGUGGACCCCCUGAACGGCGCGGCAUCAAAAAGACCCCACUCUCCCUCGCUGGAGGAGCAGGCCAAGCGGCUGAAGAAAACAGAGAAAGCCAGGAUCCACAUAGCUUGAAGAAACUGAACAGACAGGAUUCAUUCUCACGUGGAGGCGGAGCUUCACCAGCCGAACAGCUGCAGCAGCAGGAGGAGGAUUCCACACACAGUCGGGACCGUUUCCGGGUCGGUUGACUCCCGACGCAGCAGGACCGACACCUCAGCUCAGAUCCUUCAGAGAUUCCAGGUUUGGCGGGUUUGUUCAGUGCUGCCUUGCUCUCAGCUCUCGGGCGUUAAACCCUCGAGGCGUGGAGACGAGGCAGAGAACUAAAGCAGCAGCCUCCUCUCCCUCUGUGUCAACACAUGGAAAACGAGCUGUUCCUUUCAUUUUCCUCCUUUUUUCAACCUUUAAGUUUUAGAAAAGAGCAAAAAAAAAUCAGUUCUUGACGCUUGCUGCGCUCCCAUCCGGAGUAACCCGUUUUUGUUUUGUUCUCGGUUUCCUUUCGUCCUCAGCAGAAAUCUGUACAGUAAAUGUUGAUGUACAUAACUUUUUGUCUUAAGAAGAGCAAAAGAUCUCUGAGAAGUCUUUUGAUCAUUAUAUUGUAGUUUUAUCUAAAAAUGAAAAAAAAAGUUUAAAAAAAUUGUAAAAUAUUUUUCCUCUCGACUACUUGUAAAAAAAAAACAAACAAAAAGCCUCCAGCCCUGGAGACUAGUGAAGACGCUGUGGGAGGGAGCAGACCCGCCCCCCAAAGAGGACUCCAGGUUAGCCAUGGAUUUGCAGUGAGUAGAUGAUUGGAGCUUCUCAGGUGCCGGUUAAAAAUUAAAAAAAACAACAAAACAACAAAAAAAAAAACCCAUCCUCAUGUCAGCAGGAGCAUCUGUGUUUUCUGGGAGUGCUGUUCCUUUUCUUAAAGAAUGAUUUAACAUGAAGAAUCAUAACAGAAUGACAUUUACCAGAACCUCUGUGUCAGGUAGAGCAGCUGUUGGUUUUCUUCAUGGUGUGUUGGAGCCCUCCAUCACUAAAGUCUGACCAUAACCUGCAGCUUCUCACACCUUCUCCACCGCCACACACCUGUCCACCCUCACUCAUCUCCUUCCCGGGCAGCGGGUGUGAACGCUCUGUGUUGUGAAAUGAGAGGAGUUGUGUCUGUGUGCGAGCGAGCUUGUUGGAUGUGUCUGUGUCCCGGAGGGAGGUCUCACUUCGUUUUGGGUGCUAACCCUCUGCGCCUCCUGUGGAGGUUCUUAAAAGGCAUCUUCUGGGUGGACGAUUCUUCGGUGGUGGUGGUUUGGGGGGUCAGGAGAUGCCUCCUUUUCUGCCUUUGGCUCCGACUCUCGACGCUGAAGCUGGGUGUCUGCACAGGAGAUACAUGCAUACUUCUUUGUGUGAAUGAAGCACCCCCUCAGUGGAGCAGGCGGUGAGUUGGGGGCCGCAGGCCUCUUUAGAUUUUCUUUUUUUUUUUCUUUUUUUUUUUUUUCCUUUGCAACCCAAACUAAAGAGGGCGGUUUCUUUUUCAAAAUGCAUACUCUUCAGAUUUAGGGGUUUUCUUAUCACUUUAUUUAUAUUUGCAUAUUUGAACCAUGUGAUAUUUUUUUAAUAGCAUUCAUAGCAGGUAGGUCUUUUGGAAUCGAUCUGCACCAUUCUGUUUCAACAUGUUUUGCUCUUCAGAAACAUUUAACAAAACAGGUUGUUUAGAUGUUUGUUUCUAAAAUGUAUUGAAAGGGUAUUUUUGUAUGUGUUUCACUUCCUUUAAAUGAUUUCACACACCUAUUAAACCCCUAAAAACUA